AUGCCAUCAAACAACGAGCAGCUUCAGUCUACCCAUGUCCAGUUGGAGAUCGCGACAAACCAAGCUCGAACCUAUUGGAACCAGCUUGCUGAGGAGGUUAUUGCAAACCCUGAAGGUGGAGUCCUUCUUGGAGCAAAUGUUUUACCGAAUAUGCUUUGCAGAGUCCCUGCCAUACCCACCCAACCAUGA